AUGUCCAGUCCAGCCAAAAAGCGCAAGAGGAAUACCCCAGAAUCCGCUCUGCAGCAAACGCGGAGCAUAGCGUCAUUCUUCCAGGGCCAAGCGACCAAGAAAACAGAGGAAGCAGCAAAUUCAGCGAACGAAUUGACCGAUACGGCUCAUAACACAGAGCAAACACUUUCAGAUGAAGCACUUGCACGCAAACUCCAAAAAGAAUGGGAUGAAGAGGAAGGCUCCCUAGCUUCAACAACUCGAGAUCCCGAACCUACUACUAUUAGUACUACGGAGACAACCUCAAUUACCCCAGUCACAUUAACAGAAGAUCCAAAAUAUAAGGCGCAAAAGAAAAACACCCUCUCCUUACAGCCAUCUGCAGGCACGGAAGACACAGUCACUCUCUCAAUUCCCUUGGACCAGAGUCCAUUGACAUUCGACGCUGCGAGCUACGCAGAAGAGCUGCAAUCGCAUUGGGCUACGGAAGGAGGAGAUGCGACAUACGCUCUACUCACCAGAGCCUUUAUUCUAGUGAAUGCAACAACUAGCCGGAUUCGUAUCGUUGAUACGCUAGUCAAUCUCCUACGGAUCCUGAUAGAGAGUGACCCCAGCAGCGUUCUCCCGGCGGUAUGGCUCGCGACGAACUCAAUAUCGCCUCCAUAUAUAGAGGUCGAACUUGGUCUUGGGGGCUCGUCAAUAUCUAAAGCACUGAAGAAAGUCUAUGGAUUGAAUAGCCAAGGACUCAAGGCACUCUACGACAGACACGGAGAUGCUGGCGAUGUGGCGUUUGAAGCGAAGAAAAAGCAAAGCUUCACGUUAGCAAGACCCAAGCCUCUGAAGAUCAAAGGGGUAUACGAGUCACUUCUCAAGACCGCUAUGAGCAAAGGUCAAGGGAGUCAGGAAAUGAAACAGAGAAUCGUCGAAAAGUUACUACAAGAUGCACGCGGUGCGGAAGAAAGUCGCUAUAUUGUCCGAACGCUCGCUCAAAACCUCCGAAUUGGCGCUGUAAAGACAACCAUGCUCAUUGCGCUGGCGCGGGCAGUUAUACAUUCCAAGCCCAAGGGUUCAGAGUUUAGCGUCCACCCUCAACAGGACCUGGCGCGUCUCAAGAAAGACGAACUAUCCGAGAUUUAUGCACAUGCAGAGGAAAUUGUCAAGGCUUCCCACGCCAGACACCCGAAUUACAACGACCUCGUCCCUUGUCUACUCAAUAUUGGAGCAUCUGGAGAGCUUUUACUGCAAUGUGGUUUGCAGAUGCACAUCCCACUGAGGCCAAUGUUAGGGAGCAUCACAAGAGACCUGUCAGAGAUGCUUACCAAACUGCAAGGAAGGAAUUUCAGCUGUGAAUAUAAAUACGACGGGCAACGAGCCCAAGUUCAUUGUGAUGAAAGCGGGAAAAUAUCCAUCUUCUCUCGCCAUCUCGAACAAAUGACGGACAAGUACCCAGACCUGGUAUCAAUAGUCCCGCAAAUACGGGGAGAAAGUGUUUCUAGCUUCAUUCUCGAAGGAGAGGUCGUUGCUGUGAACCGUGAGACCGGGGAACUAUUACCAUUCCAAGUCCUUACCAACAGAGCAAAGAAGAACGUUGAGAUCGAAGAUAUCAAAAUCAACGUCUGUCUCUUCGCAUUUGAUCUGAUGUACUUAAAUGGUGAACCACUACUCGACCGACCAUUCCGCGAACGACGAGAACUCCUCCGGGGCUUAUUUGUGGAGAUCCCGAACCAAUUCACCUGGGUCAAAAGCCUCGACGCAACAUCCGCCGACUCUGAAACAGUCCUCGAGUUUUUCAAAAGCGCCACAGAUGUCAAAUGCGAAGGCAUCAUGGUGAAAGUCCUUGACAAUACCUCCGAUCCACCACUAAUUAAUCCCCAAAUCGAAGAUAUUCCCAGCAGCGACCUCACAACUACAGAAUCCUACCUCAAGCCCGACGAAAAUGAAAAAACCAAACUUACUAAAGAAAAAUCCAACCGCCGCAAACCCCUCCUCUCCACCUACGAACCUGACAAGCGCCUAGAUUCCUGGCUCAAAGUAAAAAAAGACUACACCACCUCCUCCGAAACCCUCGAUCUAGUCCCCGUCGCGGGCUGGCACGGCCAAGGCCGCAAAGCAAGAUGGUGGUCUCCAAUCCUCCUCGCCGUCCGGAACCCGGACUCUGGCAGCUUAGAAGCAGUCACGAAAUGCAUGUCCGGGUUUACAGACAAAUUCUAUUUAUCCAACAAAGAUAAAUACGCCGAAGGCUCCACGAACCUCAUCUCAAGGCCAAGCUACGUCGAGUAUCCCGGUGAGCCGGACGUGUGGUUCGAGCCGCAGGAGGUCUGGGAGAUGGCAUUUGCGGAUAUCACGCUGAGUCCGACGUAUCGGGCUGCGAUAGGGUUAGUGAGUGAGGAACGGGGACUGAGUUUGCGGUUUCCGAGAUUUUUGAAAGUGAGGGAGGACAAGUCUGUUGAUGAGGCGAGUACGGGAGAUGAUUUGGCGGUUUUGUGGAGGAAGCAGGUAGAGAGGUCGAAGUUGGAGGGGGAGCCUGAGUUUUCUAAUAAUGGGAUGGAGGUGUAG